UGGUAGUUUUACAGUUUAUAUUUGACUUAUGCUUGCUUUCAGGAGACCUAUAACUUAAUAGCCUAACGUUAGCCUAAAACCUAUGCUCACUAUCAGCUAGCUAAACACCUGACUAGCUUUGAUAUCUUGUAGCUAAAGCUUGCAGUCAGUACAUUUCGUUAUCCAGUGUUAUUGCCUGGUCUACCUGUACGUCGAAGCCGAAUAUGUCUGAGCAGUUCCUUGAGGUAGACAGGUUACGCUCUGAACUGUUAGAAAACAUUAACGCUGUUGACAGCGCCUCCACAACAACUGCGAGGGAAGAGUCCGUAUGUGGCCAGGAUCUUUUGACGCGAAUCGAGGGUGUAAUCCUUGACAUUAUAAAUAGUUUAUCCAGAGAGGAAGCACCAGUGCUGAUCCUGCAAAAUCGUAAUAGUUGGGCCAAUGUAAGCUUUGACAGUGCAGUGGGCCUUCAAUUGAACUCGGACGUCUCCGUCAGCACCCUCCGCAGUGACUGUGCCUCAUCCGUCAGCAGGUUUGCAUUAACUCUGAAAGUCCUCUCAACUAUUUACAAACUUGUCCAGAGUAACUCCUAUGCUACCAAAAGGGACAUUUAUUAUAACGACACACAGCUGUUCCGCUCUCAGAGGACGCUCAACGCCAUUGUGGAUGACAUCUCGUGUAUGCUCAGGGUCCCACGCAGAAACCUACAUGUGCUUGCCACAUCAAAAGGGUUUGUCUCUGGUGAUCUGUCCUAUCUGGAAGAAGACGGCACCAAAGUUGACUGUAGCUCCACUUCCACUGCUGUUCCAGUUUCGUCCAAUGUCUGUGGAAUAAAGAAUAUUGUAUCAUCUGCUAAGUUUGUACUGAUUGUAGAGAAGGAUGCAACAUUCCAGAGGAUGUUGGAUGAUGAAUUUUGCACUAAGCUGUCUCCAUGCAUCAUGAUAACCGGGAAGGGUGUCCCCGAUGUCAACAGUAGACUGAUGGUGCGGAAGCUGUGGGACACUUUGCAUGUGCCCAUCUUUGCACUGAUGGAUGCAGACCCACAUGGCAUCGAAAUAAUGUGUAUCUACAAGUAUGGAUCGGUGUCUAUGUCUUUUGAGGCGCACAACCUGACCGUUCCCAGUGUGCUGUGGUUGGGGCUCCUACCGUCCGACAUUGAGAGACUCAGGGUGCCACAGGAAGCUCUGAUCCCGCUGACAGCGCGAGAUGAGAGGAAACUGCAGAGUCUAAGGAGCAGGCCAUACCUCACCUGCCAGCCCGAAUGGGAGAGAGAGAUGGAGAUCAUGGACAGACUGAAACAUAAAGCUGAGAUUCAAUCGCUGACCUCCAUAGCCCCUGAUUUCUUGACGCGUGUCUACAUGCCCAACAAACUGCGAUAUGGAGGCUGGGUGUAAGCUUACCGCCUCCUGCUGGAGAAACUACAUUA